AUGACCGAAAACAUCUUUAUGGAGGUUUCGGACACAGACGUGAUCGGAAAUUCAGACGUUAGAGGGGGGAAAACCUUUGAAAUUCAGGCUAUUGUGGAGAUCGAGAAUAAACCGCCAUUACAGCAGAAAAGCACCGGGGCGUCGGCACAGUCGGAGCUACCGUCUGAUGAAGGUGACGAAUUAGAGAAACUUUAUGAAAGCAGGAAGACAGCAGUGUCUCAACCGGAGGAGUCACCCCCUCCGCCGGCCGAUGUCUCCUGCCGCCCGCCCGCCCCGCUGUACGUCAGGCGGGCAGGACUGAGGUUCUGGUGCACCAAACGGAUCCUCGACUGGCAGAGACAGGCGCUGCGUGCGCGGGAGGACCCAGAAGCAGUUCUGAAGCCUGUCCAGGAAUACGGCGAAGAGUCUGCCUCGAAGAAUUCAGAAAUUGGAGAAGCAAAACACGGGCAUUACGAAAAUGAAGGAGAACACGGGCAUUAUGAAAAUGAAGGAGAACACGGGCAUUACGAAAAUGAAGGAGAACACGGGCAUUAUGAAAAUGAAGGAGAACACGGGCAUUACGAAAAUGAAGAAGAACACGGGCAUUAUGAAGAACACAAAUAUUACCAGUACGAUAAAAACCACGCACAUGACGAGAACGACAAAGAACACGCGCAUUACGAGAACGAUGAAGAACACUCGAACUUAUCUACGCAUGUUCAUGCCGAUUUGGACCCCGACUUUCUGGCAGCACAAGAUGCGAUCAAAAACGCCACAGCUCAGCCGUUCUAUGAGAUGGAUAUCACCCCUGCGGAUGAAGAACAAGAACAGCCAUUUUACAAAAUGGACGUCACCGCUGCCAAAGACAAACAACAAAAAGAACAGCCCUUUUACGAGAUAAAUGUCGCUAGUACUGAUGACAACAAUGAAGAAGUCUUCUACAAAAUGGACGGCGAUAAACUUGGCCAUCCGACUCGGUCAGAGAACGCGUACGAUGAUUUAGAUCCCGAUUUUGUCGCAGCCCAAGACUCGGUGGACAGGAGGCACGGCACCAAGGAACCGAGCAGGGGUGAUGACGGCACGAGCUGCAGUCAGAGCUGCCCUGCGUUCUGCAGGUUCCGUCUUGGGCGCAUGGUGGCGCUUUGUGUUGGUGUCAUCAUUGUCGGUAUUGCUGCAACUAUGGUCGCCGUAAUCCUCAACCAACACAGUGUACUGAGAGUCCACCCUAAUAUCGUGGUAGAUUGGUGGGGAGAGUGGACCCUCUACGUCAGAGCGUACUUCCAGCAGAACAGGGACACCGCCGCGGGUUUGGAAGAACGUUACCCGGGCAACGAGGUUGUGAUGGUCCUACUGGAAGACAGGUUCUUCUGGCCCUUUGUGUGUCGGUACUGGAAAAUUUACGAUGAUCUCCCACACACAUUGGACAAGGCUGUAAGCUUCGGCAUAGGAUACGGCAUCACACGGGAUGAAGGGGUGGAAGCUAUUGCAGAGACCUUUCCUCACUUGAAAGAGCUCCAAGUUUUGAACAUUGCCAAGAACUCAAUAACAAACGUGGGAGGAAGAGCCGUGGCCAACAGGCUGGUUCACCUGCAGCAGUUAAGGAAACUCUACUUGGGUGAAAACGAACUGGCGCUCAGUGUCUCUGCGCUGGCAAAGGCCUUGGCCAACAUGACACGACUGGAGUAUGUAAGCAUGGCGCCCAUCACCUGUUAUUGCAAUUCCACGUCUCUCCGCAUGGCGGCACAACAGGUGCGAGACGCUGUCCACACGCUUGCAGGACAGUUGACAGACCGCAGGGGCUUUCGGCUCUAUGAUGGCUCUCGUAACAAAGAUAGCAUGCAGGGCAGACACGAGGUCUUUUCUUCCAUGUUGAACGCGUUGGAGACGCUGCGGAACAAGACAGACGGACUUUCAAAGAAUGGCAACGCGAAGUUGUUACUGGUAAGGCAAGUACUGUUGGACACUGACGUUGAAGCCUUGGUCAAACUUUUCCCGUAUCUCAAAGGAAUUGCAGAGCUCUAUAUUAUUAAAUCCAGGCUUUCUGCUGACGCAGCGACAGUACUGGCUGGACAGCUACACGUCCUGGAUACGCUAAAAGACUUAGUUCUUAUGUAUAAUACGAUAGGGGAUGAAGGGGUGGAAGCAAUUGCAGAGACCUUUCCUCACUUGAAAGAGCUCCAAGUUUUGAACAUUGCCAAGAACUCAAUAACAAACGUGGGAGGAAAAGCCGUGGCCAACAGGCUGGUUCACCUGCAGCAGUUAAGGAAACUCUACUUGGGUGAAAACGAGCUGGCGCUCAGUGUCUCUGCGCUGGCAAAGGCCUUUGCCAACAUGACACGACUGGAGUAUGUAAGCAUGGCGCCCAUCACCUGUUAUUGCAAUUCCACGUCUCUCCGCAUGGCGGCACAACAGGUGCGAGACGCUGUCCACACGCUUGCAGGACAGUUGACAGACCGCAGGGGCUUUCGGCUUUAUGAUGGUUCUCGUAACAAAGAUAGCAUGCAGACUGCAUGGCAACCAGUUGAAAGUAAACUAACAUCAGGACUAGGAGUAACCAUAUCCAACAGACAGUUGAAGGUAAAAAUCAAGCUGUUGGUACGUGGCUAA